AUGCUGCCGAGUGCAUUUCCGGACGCCCACCGCCAGCGGAGUCCCCGCGACCUGCUGAAGGCUUGGGUGGGGCUUCCCCCACAGAUGCUGGGCCUGUGCCGAGCGGGGAGCCAUGUCACCCUGGGCCCGGGCAUUGGGCAGAGUGAGCCUCCACUUGGCUCUCCAGGCAAGAAAGUAACUUGUAGGCUGAGUCAUCUGGGCCCCCUCUGUCUACCUGUCAUCGGGACAGCGGUGCCGUGGCCCAUGCCCAGGCACCUACCACUGCCCAGGUUCCUCCCCGCCUCUCUGUUCUCCAUGCGAGCCCACAGCACUCCCGAGAUGCUUCCUGAGUGUCCAGAACAGCCACCUUGGCAGUGGCUGGACAGCCAGGGACUGCUCCCUCCCCCGGUUCCCCGGAAGCUUGCACAAGCCGUCCAGCAUACUUCUGGGUUCUGGCCUGGGCCUCCAGGUUCUCCCUCCAACCCGCAAGGCCCUGGUGCUGAGGAAGUGAGGAGGGUCGAGUGGGCUCUCGAGGCAGGCGCAGACCCUCCAGCCCGAGUCAUCGGCCGGGUCGGACCUGUCACGUGCCCGGGGUUCCCAGCGAGCCCGGCGAAGCAGUCUCAGAGUAGUGACCCCAUCCCUUAGUGUGGGGUGCCGCCUCACAAGGAACAUCCGUCCGGGUGGCAGAAGGGGCCAGACCGCCCGGUUCUGUUCCCGCCUCCAUGGGUCUGGACUCUGUCGUCUUGGGGUCCUUGUUUCUCGCAGUGUUCGGCUUGCGUUUUGAGCAAUAAAGCUUGGUGUAGGCGCACCCUC